ACCCCCACCCCACCCCCAGCUGCAGGGGGCGGGGGCCAGUGCUUCUCUUGCAGGCCAGGGGCUUUAACCCAGCUGUUUAUUCUCUUGCUCGCUCCAUCCGCCGAGAAAGAGGAGGAGGAGGCGGCGAGCCAGUCCACAGUGGCAGGAGGCCUGGCAGGAAGCUCAAGCACAGGAGCCUGAACAAUAAUCUGAAGGAAAAGAACCACAGGAGGAAUUCGAAGAAGAAGCAGAACAAGAAGAAGAACAAGGAUUAGCACCUGGAGGUUGAGUACUCCACAGUGGAAGGAACCUAACCAGAGAGGAAAGAAUGAGUAUUUGAAAAAAAAAAGCAGAGCUAUAAAAAAAAAAAAUAGAAGAGCACAGAGAAGAAGAACAAUUAGCAGCAGGAGAACGAGGAUCACUCCACAUUGGCAGGAGGCCAAGCAAGAAGACCUGAACAAGAACUAGGUGGGCUAGAGGAAGAGGAAGAACUAGAACUAGAAGAAGAACUUGACAAAGAGCAAGAACAAGUCACAGCAGGACAAGUGGGGAGCAGCAGAAGGAGGAGGUCAGGAGGCGCACCAGAGGGGUGCAGGUAGCAGCUCCAGAUCCAUUCGCCGUCGGGGCAGCAGAAAACAAGCAGGACCCGAGCGAGCGUGGAGGUGGGGAGGGUGCCGCCUCACCACCAUGGAUUUUAAGGCCAACUUGAAGGGGGUCAAGGCCAAGUCAGAGGAUGAGCGCAAGAUGACCAGUGGGGCAGCGCAGCAGAUGGACUUCCGCGCCGUGCUGGGGAAGAAGGGCAGCGUUGCCAACAAGGCCACUGCUCUGGCCGAGUCUCCCGCCAAGAAGAACACCGCCGCUGCCGUCGCCAAUAAGAAGACGAGCUCUGUGGACAAAAACGGAGAGAGUGGCAAGGUAGUCAACAAUUUUGUAAAGGUCGGUGGGGAAGGCGACAGCAGGAUUCCCCGGUUCACCGAGAAGCUGAGCGACAUGACGGUUCUGGACGGACAGCCCCUGAAUCUACAAUGCCGACUGGACACUGCCUGCAACAUCAACGUAAGCUGGACGCUUGAUGGGAAAGUCAUCAAAGCCUCCAAGUUCAUCGUCCUCAAAAGCCAAGAUGGUGUGUGCUCGCUGAGCAUCGACAAAGCUUUGCCCGAGGACGAAGGCGAGUACAAAUGCAAAGUGGAGAACUCGGCGGGCCGGGCCGAAUGUUCUUGUUUGGUUCUGGUGGACGAUCCUCCAGAAAAAUCUGUGGCUGACAAGAAUUCCAAGAAGAAGACAGCAGCCACCUCAGAGAGUGAAGCUCGAAUAAAGAAGCCCACUGCCAAGACACCUCCUAAACAAGCGCUGCCUCCUCACAUCAUUCAGUUCCCAGAAGAUAUGAAGAUUCUGGCUGGGGAGAAGGUGGAGAUCCUCUGCAAGUUCAGUGGAGCGCCACCAAUCAGCUGCGCUUGGCUCAAGUUCAGGAAACCGAUCCAAGAGGGCAUGGCAGGGACGACCAUCAGCAGCACAGACAGCAGCAGCCUGUUGACCAUCUCCAGUGGACAGCAGGAGCACUGCGGAUGCUACACCAUUGAACUGAGAAAUCAAUAUGGCCUCCGGCAGGCUGCACUCAAUCUUACCAUCGUGGACAAGCCGGAUCCACCCGCAAAGGUUCCAGCCCUGUCAGAUGUGAGACGUUCCAGUCUGACGCUCUCCUGGUAUGGUCCCACCUACGACGGUGGGAGCGCUGUGCAAACCUAUCACCUGGAGAUUUACAACUCUGUCGACCAGAAGUGGACGCCGCUCGUGUCCUGCAACAGCACGUCAUACAACGUCCAAAACCUUUUUCCAGAGCGCCAAUAUAAAUUUCGGAUCCGAGCAGAAAACAUCUAUGGCAUCAGCGAGCCUAGUGCUGAAUCCGAGGACGUCACCGUGGGCCUGGUGGACGAUGACGAGAACCAGGAAGAGGCAGAAGAGGAGGACGAUGACUCUGAGAAAGAGCCAGACUACAGGCAGGUAACGGUUCGAACAGAUGUGAAGGUGAAGGAGCUGUACGACGUGGAGGAGAGGCUGGGAACAGGGAAGUUUGGUCAGGUGUUCAAGCUUGUGGAAAAGGCCACCAAGAAGGUGUGGGCGGGCAAAUUCAUCAAGGCGUACUCCGCCAAGGACAAAGAAAAUGUUCGGCAAGAGAUCGGCAUCAUGAACAGCCUCCACCAUCCAAAGCUGGUACAGUGUGUGGACGCCUUCGAGGGAAAGUCGGACAUCGUGGUGGUUCUCGAAAUGAUCUCUGGUGGUGAGCUGUUUGAGCGCAUCAUUGAUGAGGACUUUGAGUUGUCAGAGCGCGAGGUGAUCAAGUACAUGCUGCAGAUUGUGGAUGGGGUGGGCUUCAUCCACAAGCAGGGCAUUGUGCACCUGGACCUCAAACCAGAGAACAUCAUGUGUGUCAACAAGAUUGGCAGCAAGAUCAAACUCAUCGACUUUGGCCUGGCCAGGCGACUAGAAAAUGCUGGAACCCUCAAAGUUUUGUUUGGAACGCCUGAGUUUGUCGCACCCGAAGUCAUCAACUAUGAGGCCAUCAGUUACCCAACCGACAUGUGGAGCAUCGGUGUCAUCUGCUACAUUCUGCUAAGCGGUCUGUCACCUUUCAUGGGCGACAACGAUAACGAGACACUGGCCAACGUGACUUCGGCCACGUGGGACUUUGAGGACGAGGCCUUCGAUGAGAUCUCGGAGGAUGCCAAAGACUUCAUCACCAGGCUGCUCAAGAAAGAUAUGAAGGCACGUCUGAGCUGCCCCCAGUGUCUGGAGCACACCUGGCUCAAGCAGGACACCAACACCAUGAAGGCCAAGAAGUUGUCCAAAGAGAGAAUGAAGAAGUACAUCCUGAGGAGAAAGUGGCAAAAAACAGGCCAUGCUGUGAGAGCCAUUGGCAGACUGUCGUCCAUGGCCAUGAUGGCUGGGGUCCACGCCAAGAGGGGCUCACCCACUGAAGAGGACAACCAGUUUUUGGAAUGCUUGGAGCUGGAACACAAGGCCGAGUGCAAGCCCACCUUUAGCACCAUCAUCCAGGAUGUAGAAGUGGUGGAAGGCAGCGCCGCACGGUUUGACUGCAAGAUCGAAGGUUACCCUGACCCAGAGGUGGUGUGGUACAAGGACGAACAGCCCAUCAAGGAGACUAGGCACUUCCAGAUUGACUACGAUGAGGACGGCAACUGCAGCUUGGUCAUUUCAGAGGUGUCAGGUGACGAUGAUGCCAAGUACACGGUGAAGGCCGUCAACAAUCUGGGAGAGGCCACUUGUACCGCCGAGCUGCUGGUUGAGGUCAUGGCUGGAGAGGAGGAGGAGGAAGAGGAGGAGUGAGGCCACAGCUUCUGGACAGCAGAGGAAAGCAGCACAGAUAGGAAGUGGCACAGUUGUACUUCCUGUCUGGAGACCAGGAAGUUGGUGCCAGGAUAUUCACAGAGAAGGGUCACAUGGUUAGCAGCGAAAUUAGGGGCAAUUCCAUGCAAGAUAUUAAAUAUCACGUGGGAUUCAUGCACUCAUGAUGACAUCAUGACCCAUGAUGAUACCAUUCAUGAUUCACACUUCAUUGAUUUUAAGAGAAACACUUAGCCCAGCCCUGUUAUUUCAGCCAGUAACAGUAAGGCCUUCCCGUUGACCCGCCUCUGUCAAUACUGUGAUUUUGGUUAUUUAUAAAUACACACACACACACACACACACACCACACACACACACACACACACACACACACACAGACGUUAUUGUUAUUUACCAGUGAGUGUAUGUGUUUGUGUGUGUAUAUAUGUUUUUUUUCUUUGUGUGUGUGUGUGUGUGUGUGUGUGUGUGAGAGAGAGAGAGAGAGAGAGAGAGAGAGAGGAGAGAGAGAGAGAGAGAGGGAGAGAGAGAGAGAGACUGUGUGAGAGAGCCUAAGCAACACUGAAAUGCCAACGUUUCCUUAUGCGGCCUCCAAAGCCUGUUUGCUGUGUCCACCUGUGCCUUCACCACAUUGUUGUCAUUAUGAUGAUGUCACCUGGCUAUCACAUUCUGAUGACAUCAUCCCAAUUAUGUCACGUGCCAUUCACGUUGUCACGAUGAUGAUGUUAUGUUGAAGCCAUAUGGCAUUUACUUGAUGGUGGGUAUCAAAGUAGCAGCCUUGUAGUUUACAAGACAUCCACUCUUGCCCUUUAUCCAAACCAGAGUAGCAAGUAAUUGUACUCAAGUUAAAGUACUGUUACUCUACAAUAAUAUGACUCAUAUUAAAGUGAAAAGUAGCCCUUCAAAUAAUUUCUUGGGCACUAAGUCUUCAAUGAAAAAACUUGAGUACUCAAUGAGUGGUGGGUAACUUUGUUUUAAUCAAACCAUGACAUCAAUUGGAAAAAAAUAUCAAAUGGGGAAUGUGUAAAUUCAGAUCAUGCCUAACAAUAUAAUUGAUGGGAAAAAUGUUUUUAAAAAGAACACCUUUACACUGAUGAAACAGCACAAUAGGCUUAUGAAGUGGAGAUCAAGGAGUCAUUUUCUCUGUUCUUGCAUGCAGGUUAUACAUACGUAAAUGAGCCACUUUGCAAAUUUUAGUUUUGUGUGACAUGUGACAUCCUGGCACUAUUUGAUUGGUCAAAUUGAUUCAUACAAUACCAGCACUUAUGUUGAUGGCAGAAAUAGAUUCAUGUGUAAAGUCACAAAACAAAACGAAAAAAGUUUGUAAAAGCAGUUAAAGAUGGAUAAAAUUACUGUAAAAAGAGUGGAAUGUAGCUCAAUGUAAAAGAAAUUAUGUUCUUAACAAAAAUACUCAAAAGUAAAAAGUAUGUUGCGUUAAAACUACUCCAACAAAUCCAUGACUACCCACCUCUGAUCCAAACACACACACACACACACACACACACACACGUUGCAGCACUUUCUUUUUUGCACACUGAUGUCACAGAUGUGUGUGUGCCUUUUCCAUCCUUUGGUUUGAUUUGAGUUGAUUUGAUAUCACGUCAUGUUUGUCCAUCCAUUAGUUGCGUUCCUAGAAGGUUUGUACAAUUCUAUACUGCGUUUGGCAGCACAUGUGUAUUUACUCACACGGAGCUAAUUCAAUAAAUCACAAAAACAUGGA